AUGCAAAACAUUCAGGUUGUUUCUGUUAAGAUAAUACGCAACCGACACACCGGCCAAUCCGAGAGGUACGGAUUUGUCGAAUUCAGCUCUCACUCGGUGGCCGAGACUGCCCUUCAUGACUACAAUGGCACCCCUAUGCCCAAUGCUGAGCAACCCUUCCGCCUCAACUGGGCGGCCUUCAGUGGCGGCAGUGGCGGUGACAGGCGACCGGAGGCUGGCUCAGACUCUUCCAUUUUCGUCGGGGAUUUAGCCACUGAUGUCACAGACACUCUUUUGCUCGACACUUUUGCCAGUAAGUACCCAUCCGUGAGGGGCGCGAAGGUGGUGGUUGAUUCCAGCACUGGCCGCUCAAAAGGUUAUGGGUUUGUUAGGUUUGGUGAUGACAACGAGAAGUUGAGGGCACUGACUGAGAUGAACGGCGUGCAAUGCUCGAGUAGGCCUAUGAGGAUUAGCAUUGCCACUCCAAAGAAACCCUUGCUGCUGCAGCAGCAGCAGCAGCAAUAUGGUUCUCACGGUCAGCAAGAGAACGAUUUAUCUAACACAACGAUAUUUGUGGGAGGACUUGACUCUGAUGUCACUGAUGAAGAACUAAGAGGGUCUUUUAUUGCAUUUGGUGAAGUUAUAUCUGUUAAGAUACCAGCUGGAAAGGGAUGUGGUUUUGUACAAUUUGCAGACAGAAAUAGUGCUGAGGAAGCAAUUCAAAGACUAAAUGGAUCAGUUAUUGGCAAGCAGACAGUUCGCCUUUCUUGGGGUCGGAGCCCGGCCAAUAAGCAGUGGAAUGGGGCUCACUAUGGGAGACAAAAUUACAAUGGGUAUGCUGAUGUGGACUAUGGCGCAUAUUCAAAUGGCAACUUGAACCAUCAGCAGACAGUAAACUAAUCACUUGAGUAGCCUGCAGAUAAGCUUGUGCUAUUUUUGCACAAAUGAACUUGAAAUUCUUAAUUCUGGCAUCAUGGAUGUGGUAACUGUACGAGACGAGCAUUCUUUUUUCUUUUUUGGUGUGGGACCAAGUCUCGGUUUAGAUGUUCAAUAUCUUUGCUAGAAUGGCUCCAGGAUUGCUAUUUAUCGAUUCUUUUUAGGUUUCAAUAAGUUUGGCAUAGACUGGGCAGCAUUAGACAGUUACUCGAAUGUUUGUGUAACAUCAUAAGAUGUGGAGACGGUACCGUACGUGUAUUUUUAUAUUUUAUAACAAGUGACUCAUUUGGUAGGUCGUGUUCUAGCUAAAUGCAUUAGAGCAUCUUUACCUGUACGGCUUUGAGAUGUUUGAAAACACCACCCUGAGUGCUUUUACCAUUCAAAAUGAUAGGUUUGGAGUUUGUUUUCCACCGAGUGCUUUGUGAGGUUUGAAAUC